UGCCUCCCGCGAUCUUGGGCCUCCCCGCCCGACUUGAUCCCGGAAGCAGGGUGUUGGGCUGCUGUGCGGUAGCGGCGAGGGACUGCGGCGCUAGCCUCAGACAGCAGCAAUGUUUCCCUUCUUCAGAAAAUCUCCGGAAUCUAAAAAGCCCUCUGCACCAGAUACAGAAGCAGAUGGAUUUGUCCUUUUAGGAGAUACAGAACAUGAGCAAAGAAAGGCAGCAAAAGGUAAAACUUCAGAAGCCGAAAGCAGCCAGCCUUUGGAGACUGGCAAAGAAAACUCAUCCAGUGUGACUGUAGCAAGCCCCGAGAUGGAAAAUAAGGCAGGCCAGACUUUGGAAAACAACUCAUUAAUGGCCGAACUCCUGAACGACAUACCCUUCACCUUGGCCCCACAUGUCCUGGCCGUGCAGGGCACCAUCAGUGACCUUCCAGACCACUUACUCUCCUAUGAUGUCAGCGAAAAUUUAUCACGGUUUUGGUACGAUUUCACUCUUGAAAAUUCGGUGCUCUGUGAUUUGUAAUCUUUAUGUCUAUUUGCACUGUAACAGCUUUAAACAAAAGUUUGCCCAUUUUAUUUAACCUGUUUGAUGUUCUUUGCCAUUUCACUGCUUAAAGGUCCUCAGAAAAGCAAGGAUCUUAAAGCAAAGAAAACGACAUUAUGUUCAUUACUCUAUUUGUUUAAAAGGUGGACUUAAUUCUGCUUCCUUUCCCCCAGAUAAUAUAAAAACUAGACUAUCAAGGUUUUAUGAAAGGAGCAGAUUCCUUCAACCAGUCUCUCAAAAUACAACCCCUCAAGUGUAUCUUAGGAGAACUGUGAGAAAGAGCUAUGGCACUUUUCUUAGUCACCUAACUCUGAAGUCUACGCUUAGAAUGAGUGUGAUUUCUCUUCUGUGGUUCGGAGGAAGCUUGAAUUAAUGUUACUCCCUUUCUUCUUCCACAAUGUUUAUGAAUGAAUUCAGAAAAAAAAAAAAAAUGUUGCCAGUUAGCUUAAUUUCUUCAGUCCCAAUUUAGACACCGAGGUGGAAAUGUAAAACUUUUCCUAAAAAGCAGUGGUAGUUUGCUGCUCCAGGAAUGCUGUCCCUGCUCUGGAUGCUAUUUCUUUUGAGGGAUACAUGUGAUACAUUUCAGUUUCCUCAAAGCCAUGGCAGCCCUUUCCACCCUGAAUGAUUCCCGUGGGCCUGCCUUUGUUUUCUGCCUCGUUGUUACUCCAGAGCGUGGGCUGUCACCACUUUCCAAAGAACUUCCCCUGCUUCUGCUUCAGUUGGCAUUUGCUCCCCUUACCACAUAUGUUCCCAGUUUAUGAAGAGAUCCACGUUUCCUUUCAACCUCUUUGCCUCCUAAAGAAAAGCAUCUCAUGAUGAUACAUAUUAUUGCUGAUAACACCCUUAUUUAGAAAUUUGUUGGCCACAAUACAGAUGGAAAUGUUUUGCUGCUAGAAAAGCUGAAAUCAACUCAUUUCCAAUUAGAGUGUAGGCAAAACACCUAACCAUGACUUUUAGUUCUUGGCUAUCCAUGAUUUAUGCCAACUAAAGCAGUAAAGAACUGCCAUUGGUCAAUAAAAUGUAAAGGGAAAAAGCAAAUUGUGAUAGAGUAUUUUCCAUGCAUGGAAAAUUUAAAUCACAUUUGUUUUGAUUAGGAGCAAUACAAUUUAUUGAUUCUGUGCCAAAUUGUAAGUAUAUUUUUCACAAAGAUAGCGUGCCAUAGCAAAACUAAACACCGUGCAUAAAGGUAUGUGAAUCAUUCGAGUUUUAAUGUGUUGUGCAUGUUUGUUUAAUAAAGGUAGCAUUGUCUUGAUAAAAAUGCCAUAUUAUUUAAAAGUUAAAUGAAUAUUUCUAUUGACAAAAAUAUGCUUCAUUUACAAAUAAUGUUACCACAUGAGGUGAAUGAUUACAUUAAAUCUUUACAGUUUUCAUAAAACAUCAGUCUAGGAAAUGUGACCUAUUACUAACACAAAUGUGAACAUUUUAUAGCAGUUUUUGUGAAAACAUCCUUUUUAACAUCCAUGUUAAUGUACCUUGAAGCUAAGUGUUAUGUCAUCAGUUUGUCUAAUAUAUUUGUUAAAUUUUGUCUGAAAUACAUUUCAUUUAUAUUUAUGUCUACCAUCUUAUAAAUAUGCUUGUAUUUUCAUUUGUCGAAAAUAAUUGUUAUAUAUAAAUAAAUG